UGUAUACAAGUAAAAUAAUUUUUGAUUUAAAAUGUGUGAUGACGACGUAGCAGCUUUAGUAGUAGAUAAUGGAUCAGGCAUGUGUAAGGCAGGAUUUGCAGGAGAUGAUGCUCCACGUGCUGUAUUCCCUUCUAUUGUUGGAAGACCUAGAUAUCAGGGAAUUAUGGUUGGUAUGGGACAAAAGGAUAGUUAUGUGGGAGAUGAAGCACAAAGUAAAAGAGGUGUUUUAACAGUUAAAUAUCCAAUUGAACAUGGUAUUGUAACAAAUUGGGAUGAUAUGGAAAAAAUAUGGCAUCAUACAUUCUAUAAUGAAUUAAGGAUUGCUCCGGAAGAACACCCCGUUCUUCUGACUGAAGCUCCUUUGAAUCCUAAAGCUAAUCGAGAGAAGAUGACACAAAUUAUGUUUGAAACUUUUAAUUCUCCAGCAAUGUAUGUCGCCAUACAAGCUGUUUUAUCACUUUACGCUUCAGGACGCACUACAGGCAUUGUUCUAGAUAGCGGAGAUGGAGUUUCACACACAGUACCAAUUUACGAGGGAUAUGCAUUACCGCAUGCAAUUUUACGUAUGGAUUUGGCUGGUCGUGAUUUAACGGAUUAUCUUAUGAAAAUUCUAACGGAAAGAGGAUAUUCUUUUACCACUACCGCAGAGCGUGAAAUCGUUCGAGAUAUUAAAGAAAAAUUGUGUUAUGUGGCUUUGGACUUUCAGCAAGAAAUGGCUACGGCUGCUGGUUCAAGUGCUUUGGAAAAAAGCUAUGAAUUACCAGAUGGUCAGGUGAUUACUAUCGGAAACGAACGUUUCCGUUGCCCAGAAGCAAUGUUUCAGCCAAGUUUCCUCGGCAUGGAAUCAUGCGGGAUACAUGAAACAACUUAUAAUUCAAUUAUGAAAUGCGAUGUUGAUAUUCGUAAGGAUUUGUAUGCGAAUUCGGUUCUAUCGGGCGGUACCACCAUGUAUCCGGGUAUUGCGGACAGAAUGCAAAAGGAAAUAACGGCACUGGCUCCAUCCACAAUGAAAAUCAAGAUAAUCGCGCCUCCGGAAAGGAAAUACUCGGUCUGGAUCGGUGGUUCGAUCUUGGCCAGCUUAAGUACGUUCCAGCAAAUGUGGAUCUCGAAACAAGAGUAUGACGAAUCGGGACCAUCCAUUGUACACAGAAAGUGUUUCUAAUUUUUUUUUUUUUUUUUGCUAUGAUUUCAAAA